AUGUAUCCCCUGACUCUCCUACGAAUAUCGAGAAACAGGAUAGUGGAGCUAGAACUAAAGAACAACGACCAGCUAAGGGGCCUUCUUCACAAAUGCGACAUGGCCAUGAAUCUUCACCUUAAGAGCGUCACCAUCCAGAAAGAAGACGGGAGCUCCAUCUUCAUCAACGAAUGCUAUCUGAAGGGGACGUCGAUAAGGCUUGUGAAGCUGGAGUCAAAGAUCCUUUUGGAGCAGAGAGAAGAAUGUGUAUCCAAUAAUAAAGCAUGA